AUGCCCACUAAAGAUCGUGACGUCGACGGCGACGACGACCGACCCCGCGAAAAGCAGCGACGCUCCAAGUCGGAGCGAAAGCCGGAACGAGAUCGAGACCGAGAUCGAGACAGAGACAGAGACAGGGAUAAAGACCGCGAUGGUGACCGUGAUAUGGACAGAGAGCGCCGACACCGCUCGUCAAAGUCCAGAAGCAAAUUGUCUGGAGAAGGCGGUGAUUCAAGUUCACAUGUCUCUUCACCACGCAAACACCGCCGGAGGGAGCGUGACGAUGAUGACGAACGAAGCUCUCUUCGAGGUAUAAGGGAACGAGGUUCUGCCAGCGAUGUAGGCUCCAUUUCUAGAUCCGCCAUCAGCGGCAAACGAGUUUCCUUGCCUUACCCAUCCUUCAGCAAGGCACACAGCAAAGAAGCCGUCAUGAGCCGCGAAGAUCUCUCUCCAACCCGCCGAGAUGCACCCUUGACUCCCGACCCGACCAACACCGGCGACGAGGAUAGCCAGAACCGAUCGUCGGGUUCCUCACGCAGAGGCUCUACGAAGAGAACAUCUCGCCCACCUAGUCCGCCCGAGACGGAAAUGUCGAAAGAUAAGAGACGAUCUUCUGCCCCCGGUAGCGAUUUGAAAGAGGACAGCAAUGAGCGAGAUUCAUCAUCCAGAGUUUCCCGGUCGAAAUCACACAACGACGAUCGGUCAAGAGUUAGUCGCCGCUCUGGAACAUCAAGCCAAGCCACCUUUGUCAAGACUGCCAAACAUUCUUCGCACGAGAAGCUUCGCAGUAGCGAAUCACGAGUAUCAAGCUCCUCCCGCCACUCUCCUAGAGCCUCUGGUUCUAGAGGAAGCUUGCACAAGAAGGCUACCACACAAGAAGACGGCUCUUCUCCAUCGAGCGUACAGGGCUCGUCCCCAAAGACGCCAACCCAACCCACUCACUUCCCAACUCACCUCUACACAUCGCACCGAGAAGACGGAGACGAUGGCGAAUCUAGUAUUCCAUCCAAGACUGCUACUCCGGCUUCAGUAGCUCCAGGACCGCCUCCACCCCCACCUCCUCCACCGCCUCCAGUCAUGAAUAUCUCUGAAAUCCCCCGCGUCGAUUACCUCCUACAGAAUGGCGGUUUACCACAACCAGUUCCCCGCCAUUUCCUCUCAGUAUUGCCCAUACAGAAUGGAGCUCGGGCAUCUCUUCCACCACUGACUGGUUCCGACACGCUCUUUGCCCCGUUCUUCAACUUGUUAGAGCAAUACAACAAUGUUUUAAACAAGCAAGGCUCUCUGGCAGUCGCCACGGGUCACCGCUCAGUGGCUCGCCGCCUGCUUGACAGACUAGAAAAUGUCUUUUCACGAGAUUUACCUCCUCAUGGAUGCGCGUGCAUAAUGUGCGACAAAUCCAAUGAAGUCCAUCGGGGCUUAACUUGGGGUGACGUCCUAGAAUGGGUGAGCGGUCGUAUCGAACUACCGCGCUGGCCACCCAUCGAUCUUGCUGAGAUUGGAACAAAGGCGGCUGAGAUAUCUGCAGAGGAGCCGCAACGACCAUCGUCACCCAUCAAGCUCGAUCCAGACAUCGCUGAAGAAUUCCGAGAGCAUUACCUGCGACAAACGAAAAAGGUCCGGUCUGCAGUCGACAAGUGGCUAACCAACAAUGGAGAAAUUCCAGCACCACCGCCGCAGGAAGUUGAUGACGAGACCCUGGCGUUUGCCGUUCUGACAAACUUGGAGGAAGAGGACCGUCCGUACUUUAAUGCGCUUCUGUCCGGCUCACGAGAACUACGACCAGCAACCCGCGCUCCCACUCCUCUGCACAAGCCUCGAACCGACUUUAUUGUCAAGAUGGGCUUGUCUCUCCAACGACUCUACCGCCUCCAGCAAGUGCCACGAGAUGCAGAGACUGCCACUUACCUCGUCAAGAAUCCGCAGACCCAUGAUUUGCUGGUGACCAUCUCCAAUAUUAACAAUUCAGAAUGGGAAAUCCUCACAUCCGGUCGCUUCGACGGCUUCCUGUGGUCCGGCGCAGACGACGGUGACUAUGGCAGCGAAUCCCGACGCCAGACACCCGCCAGCAUAUACGGCGGCCGAGCUACAGCCAGCCCUGGACCGCGCGGAAUGUCUGCCAUGGGAUCACGCACAACAACUCCGUUUGGGCCCUACUCUAGGGGCGCCACUCCAGCGUCCUUUGUUAGCUCAGCGUCAUCCACGUUACCAGGACGACAAGCUGUGUCCAACGAUGAGGAAAUGGAAAUGGCCGCUAUUGCCGAGAUUGAGCGUGAAAUCUAUACUGGUAUGGAGAGUCUAGAGGAUGCUUUUGAACGGCUACAUCUCAAGGCAGAAAUUGUGCGCACUGCUCUCAGAGAGCGAGGCGCUGGUCUGAUGCAGAGUUUACAGAGCAGACGACGCAUCGAUGUCUUAUCUACGCCGGGACCAGAUAGUUCACCCAACGUCGGUAUGGAGAAGCCGUCAUGGAUGCCGAGCACGGAUGAGGAGGCUGGCAGUGACAGCGAAUGGGGAGGCGACGAUAUUGACAUUAUGCCCGACGACUCGGCCAGUAAUAUUAGCAGCUCACGUCACAGGCGGCCCAAGAGGCGCACUGAGCGUCGCACGCCAGCUCCUAUUGAAGAAGAUGAAGAGGAAUGA